AUGCAUAAAGAUCUUCCAAUCAAUCCUUAUCAAAAGAACAUCCUUCAUUUAGACAAGCCAAUUAAAAUUAAUUAUAUUAGUCAAGGAACUAUUACAGUUAAUAAUAAAAAUGAGUAUGAAUAUAAAAAUGCACUAAGUGAAUCUUCUCUUAUUGGAAUAAGGCGUAUGUGUGGAUUUGAUAUUUUACAAGGAAAAGAAAGUAUAAGUAUUCUUAAACGUAAUCUAAUUGGAAGUCAUUACUACAGUAAAGACAUGACAAUAACAUAUACUACUUCUUUAUUUAGAAAGAAGAAGCCAAGAUCUUUUAUAGUUAAAAUUGGUCAUCUUUAUUUAGUAAAUAAGGAACCUUUAUAUAAUGCAGAGAAUAUGUCAUAUUCUCUAAAUUUUAAUGGAAGGGUGACUGUUCCCAGUGUAAAGAAUUUUCAACUAAUUCAUCCCACAGAUAAAACUUAUAUAAUUCUUACUUUUGGGAAGGUAGGAGACAAUACUUAUGUGAUGGAUUAUAAAUACCCCUUAUCAGCAGUGAAAGCUUUUAGUAUAUGUUUAGCAGCACUAGACAAUAAGUAUUUUUGUGAUUAA